AUGCCGGUGAGACGGGGACACGUGGCCCCACAGAACACCUUCCUGGACACCAUCAUUCGCAAGUUUGACGGACAAAACCGAAAGUUUAUCAUCGCCAAUGCACAGGUGGAGAACUGCGCCAUCAUAUUCUGUAAUGAUGCCUUCUGUGGGAUGUGCGGUUACACUCGGGCGGAGGUGAUCCAGAAGCCCUGCACCUGCAGCUUCCUGUACGGACCUCACACCAAGAGGGCAGCAAUGGCCCAGAUGGCUAAAGCGCUGCUGGGUGCAGAGGAGAGGAAGGUGGAGAUUUCCCUCUACACUAAGGAUGGUGUGUGCUUCCACUGUGCAGUAGAUGUGGUUCCAGUGAAGAAUGAAGACGGCCUCGUCAUCAUGUUCAUUCUCAAUUUCGACCUUCCCACCGAUGCCAGAUCAACCAACAGCUCUCCAGCUGGAGAGAACAACAGAGUGCUGCAUCUUCCCUGGUUGGCUCUGGCUCGGCGCCAAAACCUGUGCCCCCUCCUCCGCUCCCUGAGCCCCACCAUGGGCGUCCUGCCACAGGACACAGGAGUGGGUGCAUCGUGCAGCGCUCUCCCUCCCCUCGGACACGAGUCUGUGGCCCUGGACAAGCUGCUGUCCCUUCCUGAACGACAGCAGCUGGAGGAGGCAGGAAAUGGACUGAUGCUGUGGGAGAAAGAAGAAUCGAAAGAAGAACAGAUGAGAGGAGUGAGGAGUGAGGAAGAUAGAAGGAAAAUUGAUGGAGGUGAUGCAGGCGGGGUGCAGCAGAUGACCCAGAGUCUACUGGACACGAAGGCAGAAACCUUUGUGGCAUUACCCCCCAGUGAAAUCAGGCCUCCCUGCAAACUGAUGGACAGAACGCAUCAUGUGACUGAAAAAGUCACCCAGGUGCUAUCCCUGAGUCCUGAUGUGUUACCAGAGUAUAAACUGCAGACCCCAAGGAUCCAGAAGUGGACAAUCCUUCACUACAGUCCAUUCAAAGCUGUGUGGGACUGGGUCAUUCUGCUCUUAGUGAUUUAUACAGCGAUAUUCACACCGUAUUCUGCCACAUUUUUACUAAGUGACCAAGAAGAAGCAGCCAUACAGACCUGUGGUUACUCCUGUUCUCUCCUCAACGUUGUGGAUCUUGUCGUGGACAUCAUGUUCAUUGUCGAUAUCAUCAUCAACUUUAGGACCACAUAUGUGAACUCAAACGAUGAGGUGGUGAGCCAAUCAUCUCGGAUUGCAGUCCACUACUUCAAAGGCUGGUUCCUCAUUGACAUGGUGGCCGCCAUUCCCUUCGACCUCCUCAUCUAUCGCUCAGGAGAGGAAGUGGUUAGGACCACCACUCUGAUUGGCUUACUGAAGACAGCUCGGUUGCUGCGUCUGGUUCGUGUUGCCAGGAAGUUGGAUCGGUACUCUGAAUACGGGGCUGCUGUCCUCUUCCUCCUUAUGUGCACUUUUGCCCUCAUCGCCCACUGGCUGGCCUGCAUCUGGUAUGCCAUAGGUAAUGUGGAGCGGGCAACAUCAGCUGGAAUUGGUUGGUUGGAGAAUCUGGGUGACCAGCUGGGGAAACCAUACAAUGAAUCCGUCACUGGGUCGGGUCCUUCCAUUAGAGAUAAAUAUGUCACAGCUCUCUACUUCACCUUCAGUAGUCUGACCAGCGUAGGCUUUGGGAAUGUCUCCCCAAACACCAAUUCUGAGAAGAUCUUCUCAAUUUGCAUCAUGCUAAUUGGUGCUCUGAUGUAUGCCAGUAUCUUUGGAAAUGUGUCAGCCAUUAUCCAGCGACUCUACUCUGGUACAGCACGCUACCACGCCCAGAUGAUGAGAGUUCGAGAGUUCAUACGUUUCCACCAGAUUCCCAACCCUCUGAGACAGCGACUGGAGGAGUACUUCCAACAUGCAUGGUCAUACACUAACGGCAUCGAUAUGGAUGCUGUUUUAAAGGGUUUCCCAGAGUGUCUCCAAGCAGACAUUUGUCUCCAUCUCAACAGAUCGCUGCUUCAGAACUGCAAGGCUUUCAAAGGAUCCACCAAGGGGUGUCUGAAGGCCCUGGCAAUGAGGUUCAAGACGACUCACGCUCCUCCUGGUGACACCCUGGUCCAUGCUGGAGACCUUAUAUCUGCUCUGUACUUUAUCUCCAGAGGAUCCAUAGAGAUCCUUAAAGGAGAUGUGGUGGUAGCUAUAUUGGGGAAGAACGAUAUCUUUGGGGAGCCCAUUAAUCUGUAUGGCCUGCCAGGAAAAUCCAGCGCUGAUGUCAAAGCUCUGACCUACUGUGAUCUGCACACGAUACAAAGAAAGGAUAUGUUGGAGGUCCUGGACAUCUACCCUACCUUCUGUGAAUAUUUCUGGUCCAACCUGGACAUCACCUUCAACCUCAGAGAUGUGAACAGUAAAUCUGGAGGUGUUCUGAGUGCAGAUGACGAGGAUGGGUUCAGCAGACCAUACAGACACAACAGUUCUACCAUCACAGGUGACGCCAUCACCACUAGGAGGCAGAGAGCAGCGGGCAGGUGUAAGAGAAAGCUGGACAGCUGGGAGCUGUGGGACGACUGCAGUAAAGAUGAACAUUCAUUAUAUGCGCCUGGGUUCUCUGGUGAGAACAACGAGGAGGAUCCAGAGAUGAGCAGCGCUCCACAGAACCACAUGAAUGCAGGAGCACAGACUCAGGAGGAACAGAGAUACCAAGAAGUGUCGUACCUGUGUAGUCUCAGCUCUCCUCCUGCUCAGCCUCCCUCCCAGCACAUCCCUCAUACAGCCUCCUCCUCUCAUUGGCCGUCCAGUCCCACUCCUCUGAUUUCUCCUCCUUCCAUCAUCUCUUGGAGGAAUAAGAUGGAUCUGGAGAACAAGCUGGAGGCACUGCAGCAUCAAAUAAGCAAGUUGGAGUCUCGUAUGUCAGCAGACAUAGGGAUCAUUAUGCAGCUUCUUCAAAGACAGAUGCCAACAAUCCCACCUUCCUAUAGCACCCUGACAUCCUCACCUAACGCACCCUCCUCCCCCAUCCACUCCUCUGCUGCAUCUCCAGACGGCACACCAACCCUGCUCUACCCCACAGAGAAGUCACCGGCCACCACCCUCCAGCAGUCAAAUGAAAACCAACUUCUGGAAUCAAACUCUCUCGGAUGUCCCCUCGUGUCAUCCUCACAGUUAUCAUGCCUACUGCCCCCCAUCACCCCCGUAACCUCCCAGCUCCAAGAGAAGCUCCAAGAGAAGCUCGAGAAGCCGGUCCUCUGUGUUCGGACACAGGACUUAGCCUCGCUGACGCAGAGUGGACCCAGCGAGCCAGAGGACGGCCUCCGGAGCCGCUCGGCUGUUCAGCCCGUCACCGAAGCAGCAGCAGCGUGUCAGUCAGAGCAGCACUGA